AUGGAUGGCAUUUUCGGCAAUCUACAAGCUCUAAAACCAAAGAAGAGGACUACCUAUAAAAAAAUUUCAGAUGACCUUGAAAAUGACACUUCUGAGAGUAAUAACGACCCGCCUGCUCUUACUGGAGAAGGAUUUUUAUUUGAUAAUCCUACUUUAAACAGAAUCAAAAAGCGACUAGAUGGCGAGGAAAAAGAUGUAGUUCAGUACACAAUGAAUUUCUCCCAAACUCAGCUUAUUUCGAACCUUUAUGGCGGAGGUGAAGAUUUGGAUGCUCCAGAAGUAGAAAGGAGGGAAAAACAACAGUUACAUGAACAACAGCUGGAAUUAACAAAGAAAAGGGCAAGCAAAGGUCAAUUGCAUGCUUUUACAAAGAGCUCUGGAAAUAUAAAUGAUUUACGAUUAAUGCAACCCACACAAGUCAUCGGAUCAACCCAGCUGGCUAAGGAAUUCAGCCCCGUCUCGAGAACUUAUUUCAAGUAUGUCCCUGAUGUGAAUCAAUCGACUCAGGUAAUUCACUCUGCCACUCAAGAUGAUACACAAGUAGUAAGCGCUCGCGAAGCUGAUACACAGGCGACCCAGAUGACCCAAGUUCUCUCGGCAUCUACGCAGGGGAUUUAUAAUACUCAAGAAACUCAAAGCAUUACUGAUAGUACGCAACCAAUAAGUUAUUCUAGUUCGACCCAGGAUUACAAGACUAAUAAAUUUAAUAGACAUCCAACACCAGAAGACACACAGAUUAUACCGAGGGAAUUUGAUGAUGAUGCAUCAACCCUCCCGAUACCAGAAGGGGACAAGACGCAAAAGGAUACUUCUGCAGUUCUAAAAACACAAAUAGAUUCUACUACAGAAGGAACUUCAUAUUCAGCUACUGUAUCAGAUACCCUGAAAAUCCAUGAGAUUCAAAGAGAACUUGAGGAAUCCCAAAAGACCAAAACCAUACCUGAAUAUAAACAACAUGUGCGGACUCCAAAAAAUGUUAUAGUAUUCACUAAAGAGUCGUAUUUUGAUGAGUUCGACAGUGAUGAUGAGGAGAAGGAGGAAAAUUUAGAAUCGGAGGGGGACUCUCAAAAAGUGCAGCUUCUCAAAAACACAAGCCCAUCUGAUAAAAGCAAUGAUGGAAAGCGUCUCCCUGAUAAAACUAGAACUUCACCUUCUUUUAAGCCGAAACUUCACGGGCUAAACAACUAUGAGCUGAAAUUAAAGAGACAACUCAAUUCUGACCAGCAAAUAGACUUAAAUCUAGACUCUGAUGACGAAGAUGGGAUUGAUCGCAUGGGAGAAAAGGGUCCUAUUUCACAAAUGUCAAAAGCAACAGUUUUUGAUAUAAAGGCAAGGUUAUCCAAGAAGAGACCGAUAGUUAAGAUUUCCAAUGACAGCAAAACUACGCUGCAUACACUUUUUAAUAAGCUACAGAAAGCGAGUCGUCAACAAAUUAUUGAGCAUCAGAAGGAAGUGAUAGAAAAAAAGGGUCUUAAUCUAGAGGAUAUCGAGAAAGAAAAGAAAAUAGUCGAGAAUUUAUUAGAACAAGAAAUCAAUAGAAAUAAAAAAAUUAGACAAAGAGAAAAAGAACGGGAAAAACAAUUAGCUGAUGCACAAGAUGAUGAAAAUGAUCUCGACUUUGAUCAUAGUGCUAAUGAGCUUGACGAAUCUGAGCUCUCUGGGGAAGAGAGUGCAAUUGAUAGCGACAAUGAUUAUGACGAUUUUUCACUCGAGAAAACAAAACGUUCAAAGAAGAAAGUCAUUGUUGAAGACUCUGAUACAGAAAUUGAAGAUGAAAAAAUGUCACAUAACGCGCAGAUCCGUGAAGAGAAAGAUGACUCCCUAUUUCAAAAUAGAAACGCUAUUAACUUGGGGCCGUACGGUGAUAAUCUAAGUUUGGCUCCAAUACGAAUUACCACUGAAAAACAAUCUGGUAAAAACUUCAAAGUCAGUAGGGAAAGUGGAGACGAGCGUGAUGAAGAAAUUCCAGAAAAAGACCGUAUACGGCUGAUUGAAGAGAAGAAGCAACAUGAAUUGGAAAGGCAGAGGAAACAAAUGAAAAAGAGAAAGGAAAUGAAAGCUAAAGGUAUCACUAAUUUCUUAGAAGAGGAAGCAGAAGAAUCAGAGGAUGAAUGGCAUGGUAUUGGUGGUAUAGAUGGAGAAAUGUCAGAUGAAUACGAUUCUGAAGUUGAGAAAAUGAUCGACGAUUACUCCAAGGCAAAUUUCAAUCCUGAUGAGAUACGUCAAAUGCUUGCAGAUGAAAAUAAAGAAACAGAUAUAAAAAUGGUUGAAAAGAUUCUUUAUGAUAUCAAAAAUGGCGGUUUUAGGAAAAGGAGGAAAGGGGCUAUGGAUCUCGAGCUAAGUGAUGAAGAAGAUGAUGAAUUGAAGCAAUAUCGCUUGAAAAGAAGAGAAUUGAUGAGACAAAAAAGGCUUGAAGUGGGAGAAGCAGAGACGUUGGUGAAGAAUCCAAAAUCUAAGGCAUUUUUUGAAAGUAUGGUUGACGACAUUGUGGAGGUUAAAAAUCCCUUCGCUGUUUUUGAACCACAACGAAGUGGGACCAUAACCACAGAUGAUGGGACCCAAGAAAAUGCAAACAGCAAUGAAGGGGCAGCCUCCCAAAAUCCCUCCAAGAAAGUCAUGCUUUCUGAAGAAUUCGUUCAGAGAACUUUAUCUUUUCUCAACAGUAGUAAAGAUAUGGAUCAAUUUGCGCCAGCUAGAAGCAUGCGUGCUGAAGCUAAUGAUGAGUUAAUUGAGGAUCUGACGGCACUGAAGAAACAAAGCUCGAUCAAAAGCUUCAAAACAACCAGAGCAUCAGUAUCUCAGGAACCCACUGAUUUUGAUAAAGAAAAUGAUGAUAGCUUUGAUGAUUUACUGAACAGUAGGGUUGGCACGUCAUCCAUUAUGAAAACAUUUAGUGCUACAGUUGACAUUAAUGAUAAAUUUCAGGAGGGUGUUAAAACAGUGAAAGUUUCUAAGGCAUAUAAAAGUGUGAGCAGUUCGAAGGCUUCUAUCACUUAUAUGGGUAAAAUGAGAAAACUGGUUGCCCCCCAAAAAAAAGUAGCUAAUUUAUCUUCAAGUGACAUAAAAAAUACCAAUUCCAGAACAAGUAAAUUAUUUAGUCGUCAAGAUGAAAGUUUUGAGUCUUGA